GGUAUAUUUUAUCGACUUUAUCGAUAAGUCUCCGUGCAAUAAUUGUUUGUUUUGUUUGUAAUUUUCAAUUAAUACGAUUCAAUUAAUUUUCAAUUUCAACGAGGUGAUUGACUCGCCAAACAUGGCCGACGACCCAGAGAGCUCAAUGGACCGACCCACGGAUGACAGCGACACCAGCAAACCGGAGAAUAUGUUCACCCUGAAAAAAUGGAACGCGGUGGCUAUGUGGAGCUGGGAUGUGGAGUGCGACAUUUGCGCGAUUUGUCGUGUGCAAGUAAUGGACUCGUGCCUGCGCUGCCAGGCGGACAAUAAGCGAGAUGUGAUGGGACGGCAAGACUGUGUGGUGGUGUGGGGCGAGUGCAACCACUCCUUCCACCACUGCUGCAUGUCGCUGUGGGUCAAGCAGAACAACCGGUGUCCGCUCUGCCAGCAGGAGUGGUCCAUUCAGCGCAUGGGAAAGUAAACCACAUUGAUAUUCCACUCGAUCCAUUAGAUCCAUUAAUUAAGUUAAGCUAAAAGUCUGCUACUGUCUACUAAAUAUUCUAAAAAUAAAGUGAAAUUGUAAAAGAAGAAA